GGCCGCAGGCAUGGCGUCGGCGGCGCUGGGACGCUCGUCGGGCGCCGAGUCCCCGGCGGUGGCCGAGCUGUGUCAGAACACCGCGGAGACCUUCCUGGAGGCCUCCAAGCUGCUGCUCACCUACGCCGACAACAUCCUGAGAAACCCCAAUGAUGAAAAAUACAGAUCUAUCCGCAUUGGAAACACAGCAUUUUCUACUAGACUCUUGCCUGUCAGAGGAGCUGUUGAAUGUUUAUUUGAAAUGGGCUUUGAAGAGGGAGAAACACAUCUUAUCUUUCCUAAGAAAGCUUCAGUGGAACAACUCCGAAAGAUUCGUGACCUGAUUGCCACAGAGAGAAGCAGCAGACUGGAUGGAUCUAGUGAGAACAGAGGGGAGUCGCCUCAGCAGCCUUCUGCUGGCGCCCAGCCUCUUCCAGCACAGCCUUCACUUCCUGACAGGACAAGCCAGCGACCCCAGAAGCAUCCAAGACCGCUGCCAGAGGAAAUUGCUGAUUCAACCAUUCUAAAAGUUCUUCAGUCCAACACCCAGCACGUGCAGCUCUUUGAAAACCCUGUUCUCCAGGAGAAAGCCUUGGCUUGUAUUCCAGUCAACGAACUCAAAAGAAAAUCACAAGAAAAGCUAUCCAGAGCUAGAAAAUUAGACAAAGGUACUAACCUGAGUGAUGGGGACUUUCUUCUGCUGGAGCUUUUGCACUGGUUUAAGAGGGAAUUCUUUAAGUGGGUGAAUAACAUCCCAUGCAGCAGAUGUGGUGGGAAGACCAGACCUAGGGCUGAAUCUCUGUUGCCCAACGACGAUGAGCUAAAGUGGGGUGUGAACACCGUGGAAGAUCAUUACUGUGAGGCCUGCCAGCUGAGCAGCCGCUUCCCAAGAUACAACAACCCUGAGAAGCUUUUGGAAACAAGAUGUGGACGCUGUGGCGAGUGGGCCAAUUGUUUCACGCUGUGCUGCCGUGCACUGGGCUUUGAAGCUCGCUACGUUUGGGAUUACACAGACCAUGUUUGGACAGAAGUUUACUCUCCUUCUCAGCAGCGGUGGCUGCACUGUGAUGCCUGUGAAGAUGUCUGUGAUAAGCCUCUCCUUUAUGAAGUAGGAUGGGGCAAGAAACUUUCCUACGUCAUAGCAUUUUCUAAAGAUGAGGUAGUAGAUGUCACGUGGCGAUAUUCAUGUAAGCAUGACGAGGUGAUCUCCAGGAGAACCAAGGUCAAAGAAGAAGUACUCCGAGAAACUAUUAAUGCACUUAAUAAGCAAAGGCAACUAUCUUUGUCGGAAAACAGAAGAAAAGAACUUCUCCAGAGGAUAAUUGUGGAGCUUGUUGAAUUUAUAUCUCCCAAAACCCCAAAGCUUGGAGAACUGGGUGGAAGAGUGUCCGGUUCUGUGGCUUGGAGAGUGGCCCGGGGUGAAAUGGGUCUAGAGAGAAAAGAAACCCUGUUCACUCCCUCUGAAAAUGAGAAGAUUUCCAAACAGCUUCACCUUUGUUACAAUAUUGUGAAAGACCAUUAUGUCCGAGUUUCGGAUAACAACCAAACCAUUUCUGGAUGGGAAAAUGGUCUGUGGAAAAUGGAAUCCGUGUUCAGAAAAGUGGAAGCAGACUGGAACAUGGUGUAUUUGGCCCGGAAGGAAGGGUCAUCCUUUGCUUACAUUUCCUGGAAGUUUGAGUGUGGGUCAGCUGGCCUAAAGGUAGAGAGCAUUUCCAUCAAGACAAGUAGCCAGACCUUUCUGAGUGGAACUGUGAACUGGACACUGCGAUCUGACACAGCACAAGUAAACCUGGCCGGUGAUAAAAAUCUUCGCUCUUAUGAUGAUUUUUCUGGUGCCACAGAAGUUACUUUGGAAGCAGUAUUAAGCAAAGGAGAUGGAACUAUUGCUUGGCAACAUACCCAGCUGUUUAGACAAAGCCUAAAUGACCAUGGAGAAAACUGUUUGGAAAUAAUUAUCAGAUUCAGUGACCUUUGAGAACCUGAGGAUUGGGAGAAAGCUGCCCCUAAUCAAGGACUUGCCGUGGCCUUGAGGAGUAUAUUGGCUCAGCACAUGUCUAGUUGGCGGUCACCACCCUGGCCAGCAUAUUUCUUUGACUGGCCAUCCAUCAUGUGACCCUCAUUAAAGUAUUUCUUUGUACUAUGGACCAUAAGAAACCUCGAAUUAAAACUCCCUUCAACCUGUGACUAUAACUCAGCAUAAAGUCUUAUUGAUCCCAGAUGAGAGUCUAAUCUAAGUACUAAUAAUAGAGUUUUUAAAAUGAUGGUAUUUAUGGUGAAAUGCUAUUCAUGACUGUAACAAAAUCUUGGGCUUAUAGGUACUUACCUUUUUUCUGAUCAAUCUUUUAUUUCCUUAUAAAUGAUUGAAUUAGACUUUCCUAACAUUCUUCAUUUUGAGUAAGUGUGAAAGUAGAGUGUCUCCUAAGUUAUAAUGCAUGAAGAUUUUUAUGAUUGUAAAUAUGUAGACAAUUAAGAAAUAAAAUGGAUUAUUUUGCCUUAUACCUUUCCAGUGGCUACUUUGGCUCGACACAAUACUAAACAUUGCAGAUGACCUGAAUUCACAUGAGUUGAAAAAACAUUUAACAUUGACAGCUUAAAUUCAGGCACAUUGUAAAUUCCAUAGUAUGUAGGAACUUGAAAGUGCUUUACAUUAAAUUGUGAGCUAUUUCACCAAAUAAAAUGCUCUUGACUUUGGAACUGUA